AGUGUUUAUAAAAGAUGAUUGUCUAAUUGGAAAAGUUCAAAAAAUUGGCAUUAUUCGAAUUAAUGAACUUUCUAGAAAAUGAAAGUCAUCACCGAUUAUCCCCCGAGGAUGCCCGGUAUCCAAGACAAUAUCAAACGUAAAAAUAUGACAGUGACUGUUUUGACCGUUUUCCUUUUUAAUUCCCUCAAUCUGUCUUUUCUGUUCCAUAUUUGAAGUUUAAAAUAGUCAGAUCAAAGGCUCGCCGAGAAAUAACGCGAUCAUUAAAGGCGGCUUCUGUUUAAUUGCGUAUUAGAGGAACGUUUCCUUGGAGGCAAAGGCUAGUUCAAGUGUUGUCUUUCGAAUAUGUUACGCGAUGAGCGGAAGACGUAAAUAUUACCAAGACCUGGUUUGAGUUUGGUGGUUUGCCUUUAAAGAACACACCACACGAUAUAACACACGCUUACAACAGUUCCAUAUUUUCAUAACAGCAAAGCUCCCCAUAUACGUCCUGUGAUAUCGAAGACGGAACACGCAAGCGAUGACUAAAAGGACCACUCAUUCCACUGUGAAACUUUCUCCAAAAAAGAAGUUGUGAGGAGAGACGAGUGAGACAAGAAAGAAGGCCGAGACGAGUGAGACAAGAAAGAAGGCCGAGACGAGUGAGACAAGAAAGAAGGCCGAGACGAGUCAGACAAGAAAAAAGGCAGAGACGAGUGAGACAAGAAAGAAGGCCGAGACGAGAAGACAAGAAAAAAGGCAGAGACGAGUGAGACAAGAAAAAAGGCCUAGACGAGAAGACAAGAAAAAAGGCCGAGACGGGUGAGACAAGAAAGAAGGCCGAGACGAGUGAGACAAGAAAGAAGGCCGAGACGAGUCAGACAAGAAAAAAGGCAGAGACGAGUGAGACAAGAAAGAAGGCCGAGACGAGAAGACAAGAAAAAAGGCCGAGACGAGUGAGACAAGAAAGAAGGCCGAGACGAGUGAGACAAGAAAAAAGGCCGAGACGAGAAGACAAGAAAAAAGGCAGAGACGAGUGAGACAAGAAAAAGGGAGAAGAAGGGAGAGCUGACCUAAGUGCAUUCAUAAUUGGAUGAUAUAGUCGUAAUUGCCUUGCUCAUAAGUGUUCGCUUGACGUAAUACGCGAGACAAGUGACUCACUGAGCUGAGCAGAUAGAGGCGUCGAUGAUAGGUCUUAGGGCUGAUAAUCUUAAUCUCCUAUGUUAAUUCUGCACACGUGAACUUGAGCUGAAGUAAUCCUUUAGAAGAAAACGGCAUCAACACUGUGUUUCACAAGAAUUUAUUUAUAUAUCUAAAGUAAGCUUAAACAUUAAUUCGACACCAAUUUUAAUUGGCCUUCUAAGAAGAAUUGAGGGUGGUGAAAGGCGUCUAGAAUUUAUACAUUGAGAAAAUAAGGGAAGCCGAGACCUUUUCGAGGGACACUAUAAAGCUGCGGUCUACUUGUUGAACAGAAAGAGAAGAAUAGAAUAAACAUUAUAAGCAGAGCUAGAAAGAGCAUCUUAAACCUGACUUGCGAUUACUUACGUGAUUUAUAGCAAGAAGAAACUACAACAAGUUAUAGAGAAGUGUUUCUCUCCGUCUCCGCCCUAUAAAGGAACAGCACAAUACAAAGCGCGAAGACUGCGUUUAAAUAUCGUUAGAAAAAAGUGAACAUCACUUUACAGAACCAAACCGGGGACUCAGAAACACAAGUGCGCACGAGAAGCGAACACAUCAAAGGACGCGAUAGCUUAUAUAUCCCAUUGAGUAACUUUAAACACUACAUCGUAGCACAAGGGGAUCCAACAUGGACUCCAUCUUUUUCAACGGAUCCAUCAAUGACACACUCGCGCCAGUUUUCAACCAGACAUUUCGCGUAGCGUGCUCGUAUUUUCGGUGGCAAUGGAGCCGGGAACUUCUCUCCGCGCUCUAUGCCGUCAUCUUCGUCACCGCGAUGUUCGGAAACUGUUUGAUUAUCCAUAUUAUACGCGUGAGGCCCAACAUGAGAAUCCCGUUUAACUACUUGAUUGUGAACAUGGCGGUGGCGGACCUGCUGGACGCGCUCGUCACGCCUGCGAUACAGAUAUGGUUCAUGUAUGGAUGGAUAUACCCUCCAGGCGUUAUUGGGCACUUACUGUGCCGUCUUCAUCUAUUCCUCGCGGUCAUCUCCAUCUCCGCUUCCGUGCUCACUCUCACACUAAUCGCCGCUGACCGCUACUUAGCGAUUGUUCACUCGACACAGAAUCCGCUGACCAUGCGAAAAGUCAAGCGUUUCCUAAUCGGCAUCUGGGUCCUGAGCGGGGUUGUGUUCUCGUAUGAUAUCUACCGGGUCCAGCUUUAUAACAUCAAUGGCCAAUACCAGUGUUUGCUGCACUGGGGAUUCGACGUGGAGACUAACGCGGAACUAGAUAAAGUCGACAUGAUGGUCAAAUUCGUACUCCUUUACAUCAUCCCCUUGGUCGUCAUGGCAAUCUUGUACACUGUGAUCCUGACGUUUCUGUGGCAACGGAAGACCCCAGGGGAGCAUAGCAUGACAAAUAAGAGGAACAUGGACAACCGCAAAAUGAGGGUCCUGAAGAUGCUCCUGACCAUCGUCAUCCUGUUUGCAGUUUGUUGGCUUCCGGUACACAUCAAUCAUAUUUUGAUAGCCUAUCAUAAGGCGACGUACAUGUGUACGCUGUCGUUUGAGGGCCUGAUGGUAUUCUACAUGAUCGCUCACGCGAAUAUUUCCAUCAACCCCGCGCUGUACUUCAUCUUCAACAAGAACUUCCGUGACGGUGCCCGGCAUGUCCUGUGUGGAACCAGGCGUGACAUGGAAAACGAGUCGCAAGGAACAGCUGUUACAAGAGUGUCGAAGAUUUACGAGAAAUCAUCUUCUGGGGCCGUCAUAAAAUGCACUGCGCGGGAUACCUGUGGCGAAGCCACCACAGGGCUGCUGAGUCACGAGGAACAGCACAAGGACCGCGAGUCCGAUGGGAAAGGAAGCUCCUCACACUCUAUUGUGGAGACAAAAAUUUAGUACUGCCUUCUUGCUUGGGAUUCCUGUGGUAUAUCUUCUUGAUGAUUGUCGAGGGAUGAUUUUUACUGUAUAUUCAAAAGUGUUUUGGACAUGCGUCGCCAUUCUCUUUGCUUAAGUUCCCCAACAUCUGAAGCAGCCCUAUCCAAGAUGGCGGAUAGAUAUAGUUGGACCACUCGUGUGUUCUCCAUAUUUUCCGGUACCACAUCUGUGUUUAACCAAUCAGAAGCCAAGGUUACGGUCACGUGUCGUGUGUUGAACCAAUCAUGAGCCAAGUUUACGGUCACGUAUCGUGUGUUGAGCCAAUCAGAAGACAAGUUUACGGUCACAUGUUUUAGUAUGUUGAGCCAAUCAGAAGUUAAGGCUGCAGUCACGUGUUGUGUGUCUAACCAAAAAGAGCUCAGGUUUACGGUCACAUGUCUUGAGUUGAGCCAAUAAGACCUCGAGGUCACGGGCAAGAGUCAUGUUUUGAACCAAUAAGAGCUCAAGAUAUUAGUCACGUGUCGUAUCUUAAACCAAUAAGAACUCAAGGUUAAGGUCACGUGUCAAUGUUCUCAAUCACGUGCACAUGUUAGAACCUAUCAGAAAUACAGUAGAUGUUCGGCGAGAAAAACCCAACAUCUUACGAGAACUAUUCUCUUUGCAGUAGCACACAGGCUAUGACUACCAAGGAUAUCUGCCUCGAACAAGCCAUAAUCUUUAGAAAACAAAAACAUGCAAGCUAAUCUUGGCAACAACAACAACCUUAUUGAUACCAAAGAUGAAAAACAUUCAGAGGUUACAUGCACAGCGAAAUGACGGAAAAAAACAGUUGAGGCUUGGAGCGUGUUCGGUUUUCCCGCGAUCGUUUAUCCUUUGUGCUAAUACAGGGUAUGAAAAUCGUUUUUUUAGUCGUAAACAGGGUGACACACCCUUAGCGGCACCCCUAUACCCUUGGGGGUACCAGCCCCUCCCCUCCCUCCCCCCCCCAGACAUCAUGCUGACUGAGAGCAAUAUUUCUGUCAAUUAAAUGGCAUGUUUGACAAACUUCUACAAACUCUGAACAUGGAACCUUUCCCGCAUGUCGCACCGCAAAGUUAGUAUAGACAGAUAGCUGGCAUUAGUCACCUUAGAUAAAAGAGGUUGAACAUAGGUUAAUAUAGACAGAUAGCUGACAUUAGUCACUUUAGAUAAAAGAGGUUGAACAUAGGUUAGUACAGGUAGAUAGCUGACAUUAGUCACCUAAGAUAAAAGAGGUUAAACGGCUUUAGGUUUGAAGGGCUAUAAUUCGGUUCGAGUAAACGCUGAUGUAAAUGGAUACAAGUUAUCUGAUGUUUGUCAACUUUUAACGAAACCUUCUGCAAAUGCCCGUCUUAGCUUCCCUUGAAACAUUAGAUGCAUACAUUUUAUUCACUUUUCCGUAAACACAAGUACGUACACUGGUGUUCAUAAAAUAA